AUGGAAUCAAACGAAAUAAUCAAUUUAUUCAAUUCAUUCUCGAAGAAUUUGGAAACCCCCAUUGUUGCUGUUAUCCAGGGAGAUGGUGCUGCUUUGCCAACACCUGAAUCUAUUGUUGAAGACGAUGAUAUGCGCAACAGUAAUAACAACAACAGCAGAAGCAAUGUUCCAGAUAAAUUUGCAUACAAACGUUCCGAGUGCAAAGAAUUUCCAACAGCAGUAGUGUGUGAUGUUGGGACCUGUAAGAAUAACCGGAGUGUCAAGAAUAGGGAUGGUAAUGCAUAUGGUUGGUGUGCGGAGAUACCCGGUGAUAUGCAUGCUAAAGGCUAUUUGUGUGAAGCUGCUUUUAAAGCAUUGGGCAGUGGUGGUUUUCACAAAGUUGUCAAUGUGGUCAUGAAGAGAUCAAGACUCACCAAAGAAGCAUAUAAAAAGAGAAAAUUUCAAGAUCAAAACCUUAAUAGAAUUAAAGAGAGUGUACAAGAUGGAAGUCAAUCAAUCUUAUGGUAUGGCUGCAGUUAA